AUGGAAAGGCUGGUAACGAAACUGAGGCGAGAGAUUAAGGAGCACAUAGGCGACGAAGAAGAAGCAAAACCCAAGAAGUGGGAGACGACCAUCAUGAGCCAGUUAGCAAUUCCCGAGAACAUCAAUGGCGAUAUCACGUUAAGGAUUUACCAGAGUGGAAUGAGAUACCUACUUGAGCAAGUGAUACUGGCGAUUCGUCACGACGUCAUGAGACAUCGUCCUCGCAGUAUACGCACCUCAUACCACGGCAUGGAUAUCAAUGUGGAUUCGAUUGAAAUCGUCGACUUUCUGCCACCGAGACUGGAAGUCGAGCGUCUCAAUGUAUCUCAAAUACGAUUCCAAACUCACGGUGGAGGAAUGCGUUAUCUUGGACUUUAUUCAACGUUCUACAAAACGACUAGGGAGGGUCAAUUUGAAGCCCUUCUAGACAAUCUCCAAGUUCUCACAGACAUCGAAUUGCUUCACAACAACAACCACAUCAAAAUCACCGAGAGAUAUUGUGACGCAAAGUUUCACGAAGUGCUGGUACAAUUCACUCCCACAAUGCCAUCACAAAUCAUCGAGCUUCUAAAGGAACGCCUGCAACAUCGUUUUCACGAAAACCUAUGUCCGGCAAUACCACAUUUCGCAGAGAAAACAGCAAACAUCAUCACAUCGAUAGCCUCCAUUGAGGACUUCAUUGAUCCCAAAGAACGAUUACCUCCUAUGUGUGCGCUUCGAUAUGUAAGCACAUUAUCCCGACUAAAUUCUCGAGGAGCAAAAAUCUCUUUCAAACGAUGCAUUCCAAGGGCAAAGAGACCUACUAAAGACGCCACUGCCAUCGAUCCAGAGGCAAUCGUAGAAAGCGAAAUGGCAUCAUUCUCCAUCAGGGAGGACUAUAUCAAUGAGAUGCUCUAUGAUUUGAAACAAAGCGGAAACAUCGUAUUCCACCUACAUCUCGUCCCAGAUAUCGAGAAAAUGUUGAGCACUCACUGUGAUGACCAAGCUUGUCUAGGUCACUACAUGAAUCUUAACGUCAUUAACGGAACCGGUCAUCUAGAUAGCCACGUAAUUUCUACGCCACGCAUUGAAAUCCAUCAUGAUCACGCCAUUCUACAUCUCUCGCUAAGCACCGUGCUUUCGUUUGAGAGUCGUCGUACUCAACGCCGCAUAUCGUAUCUUCAAUUUGAAACAGUGUUGUGCUUACAACUUACGGAGCUUAAUGUCGAGUUUUCGGAAGAAAAUGGAUACUACCAGUGGAUGGCACGUUAUGAGAUUAUUCAUACAAAGACAUACAACGUACACAGCGAUUCUGAAGAGGUGGCAAGCAUUUCAAGGGAUAUCGAGCAGCAUCUCAACAAACAGCAAAGAUACUUAGAGAAAGAUUUACGGGAGAAAAAUUGGUCUUCAAUCUUAAGAAAAGAAACUGGUGAAGAUGAAGAUAACCGGAAGAUUCUUACAUUCUUUGAAGAGUUGAAAGAAUCGGAAGAUGAGGUCGAAGGGCUUGAAGAAUUGGAGGAUGAGUGA